AUGGCAGGGUCGACCUUUCAAGGGGAGCCACAAUGGCUGGCUCAAAUGACCGCCAUGAGAAAUGCCAUUGCUGAGCUGAAAUUGCCACCUUUGAACGACCCGUCUCAAAUGUAUGGAUCAGAUCUGGACCUUGAUGACAAUCUCAGUGACGAAACCGAGGACGAUAUUUGGGACGUUGGCAGUGAAUUGAAUGAUAGUCCUGCGACUGACGAUUUUGAUGCCAACGGAUAUCAAACUCCCGCCACAGUCAAGGAUGGUGUUUUUGACAAGGCAUGGCUUCACAGCAAAUGCGCUGAUUUCGCCCACUCAAGACAAGGCCUCAAUGCUUCUGAUCUGGAACAGCAAAUCACAGCAGUUCUUGCUUCGGACAGCUUAGAGGAUGAACUACAAAUGUCACUUGCCGACAUCGUUGGCUUCGACGACCUUGACUUUGUCAUUGAGCUCAUUUCCCACCGCCGCGACAUACUGUCUGGUCCUACUGCCACCACCCGCCAGACAUAUGGUCUCUUCGGGCAACUGCAAACCACUCAAGAAAGAGAGGCUGCGCUGAGACAACAGGACCAUGAACACAAACAUGCCGCUCUGGCCCCAGCAUUCGACCGAAGCACUCCCAAGUACGCCCAUGUCUACAAGGCAGAAUCGUCGGCUGCAGGAAACAUCCUAGAUGCGUCUGGGAAGAAGUAUGGGUUGCCUGUCGGUAGCACGAGAAAUGACUAUGCAAAAUACGAAGAAUAUUCUGUCCCAGCAGCCAAGGUCGGCACUUUGGGUGUAGGGCGAAAAUUGGUCAAUAUUGAAGAUAUGGACGGAUUGUGUCAGCGUACAUUCAAGGGAUACAAGUCACUCAACCGCAUGCAAAGCCUGCUUUACCCUGUGGCCUACACUACCUCUGAGAACAUGCUCGUCUGUGCGCCCACGGGUGCUGGCAAAACAGAUGCUGCGAUGCUCACCAUCCUUCAGACCAUCUCAAAGAAUGUCAUACCAAACCCUAUCGAGGAACCCGACGCUGCCGACUUCGUCCUUCUGGCUGAUGACUUCAAGAUAGUCUAUGUCGCACCAAUGAAAGCACUUGCCGCAGAAGUGACACAGAAGUUGGGGAGCCGCCUUGCAUGGCUGGGCGUCCAAGUUCGUGAGCUGACUGGCGACAUGCAGCUGACGAAGCGCGAGAUCGCGGCCACCCAAAUCAUCGUGACGACACCCGAAAAAUGGGACGUGGUGACUCGCAAGAGUACGGGAGAUACUGAGCUUGUCCAAAAAGUCCGUCUUCUCAUCAUUGAUGAAGUACAUAUGCUUCAUGAUGAUCGUGGCGCCGUCAUUGAAUCCCUGGUUGCAAGAACGGAAAGACAGGUGGAAAGCACGCAAUCUCUGAUCAGAAUUGUCGGGCUAUCUGCGACGCUUCCAAAUUACGUUGAUGUUGCGGACUUUCUGAAAGUCAAUCGAAACAACGGCCUGUUCUAUUUCGAUGCAUCCUUCCGACCGGUUCCUCUUGAACAGCAUUUCAUUGGUGUCAAGGGAAAAGUUGGAAGUAAAAUUCAGCGUGAUAACCUUGAUCAAGUCACCUUUGAGAAGAUCAAGGAGCUCCUGAAAGAGGACAAACAAGUCAUGGUCUUCGUUCACUCCAGAAAAGAUACAGUUCUCACUGCUCGGAUGCUCUACACCAUGGCUGUUGAUGAUGGAUGUGUUGAUCUACUCGUUGACCCAGAACAUCCGGCAUAUGUUAGAGCUAUGGCAGACUUGAAGACAACUAGGGGUCGAGAACUUCGUGACAUUGUGCCCAAAGGUUUCGGCUGCCACAACGCCGGCAUGCCACGCACGGACAGGAACUUCGUUGAGAGGAUCUUUUCCGAAGGCGCUAUCAAAGUCCUUUGCUGUACAGCGACUCUAGCGUGGGGUGUCAAUUUGCCAGCUGCAGCUGUCAUUAUCAAAGGUACGCAGCUUUACAGCGCUCAAGCUGGUAAAUUCGUGGACCUGGGGAUUCUGGACGUGCUGCAAAUCUUUGGUCGUGCUGGUCGUCCACAAUUCCAGGACACCGGUAUUGGCUUCAUCUGCACAACUCAGGACAAGCUACAAUUCUACCUUUCAGCCGUCACUCAACAGAAACCCAUCGAGUCAAGAUUCUCGCACAAAUUGGUUGACAAUAUGAACGCUGAAAUCAGUCUGGGUACUGUGACUACCAUAGCAGAAGCUGUAACAUGGCUGGGCUAUUCUUACCUAUUUGUCCGCAUGCGAAAGAAUCCGGAAGCGUAUGGUAUCGACUGGAAUGAGUUUCAAGACGAUCCCCAGCUCGGCCAACGCAGAUGCAAGCUGGUCGUUGAUGCCGCUCGGACCUUGCACAGAAGUCAGAUGAUCAUCUUCAAUGAGAGAACCGACGAGCUCCGGCCCAAAGAUGUUGGCCGCAUUGCCAGCCAAUAUUAUGUACUUCAGAACAGUAUCGAGAUCUUCAACACCAUGAUGAGACCUCAUGCUAGUGAAGCAGAUGUUUUGAAAAUGAUCAGCAUGAGUGGUGAGUUCGACAAUAUCCAGUCCCGUGACAACGAAGCGGAAGAAUUACAACGACUCAAGAAAGAAGCUGUGGCGUGUCAGGUUGAAGAACCGCCCAAGACCAUGCCUCAAGGCACUGGGAAUGAGAAAGAAAAGGAGAAGGAGAAGAAAGUCAUCGCGAACCACGCAAAGACCAACAUUCUGCUACAGUCUCAUAUCUCCAGAGCCAAACUCGAAGAUUUCGCCUUGGUAUCAGACUUGGCAUACGUUGCACAAAAUGCUGCCAGAAUCUGUCGUGCCUUGUUCAUGAUCGCCCUGAAUAGAGGGUGGGGCUAUCAAUGUCAGGUAUUGCUCUCCAUGUGCAAAGCGAUCGAGAAGCAGAUGUGGCCGUUCCAGCAUCCGUUUCACCAAUUUGACCUACCUCUUCCCGUGCUCAAGAACCUGGAUGACAAGGCACCUUCAUCCAACAUUGAGAGUCUUCGGGAGAUGGAACCUGCGGAAAUUGGCAACCUUGUGCACAACCAGAAGAUGGGAACCACCAUAUCAAGAUUGCUCGACAAUUUCCCAACCAUGUCUGUAGAGGCUGAAAUAGCACCUCUCAAUCGAGAUGUGCUCAGGAUGCGAUUGUACCUCUACCCGGAAUUCAAUUGGAACGACCGACAUCAUGGCACGUCAGAGUCUUAUUGGGUCUGGGUUGAGAACUCCGACACAUCGGAAAUCUACCAUCACGAGUACUUCAUUCUCAGUCGAAGGAAGAUGCAUGAUAAUCACGAGCUGAACUUCACUAUUCCGUUGGCCGAUCCGCUACCAUCCCAGAUUUAUGUGCGGGUCAUCUCAGAUCGCUGGCUAGGCGCAGAGACAGUCCAUCCUGUUUCUUUCCAACAUCUCAUCCGUCCGGAUACCGAAAGUGUAUAUACCGACCUACUCGAUCUGCAACCUCUACCAAUCAGUGCCUUGAAAAAUCCGGCAUUGGAAGAGCUGUACGGGCAACGCUUUCCGUUCUUCAACCCCAUGCAGACGCAGAUCUUUCAUACCCUGUAUCAUACAUCGAACAACGUUCUCCUGGGCUCACCAACAGGUUCUGGCAAAACUGUGGCGGCCGAGCUCGCCAUGUGGUGGGCGUUCCGUGAACACCCCGGAAGCAAAGUCGUGUAUAUUGCACCCAUGAAAGCAUUGGUCCGAGAAAGAGUCCAAGAUUGGCGCAAACGACUAGUAGGACCCAUGGGCUUGAAGCUGGUGGAAUUGACCGGUGACAACACCCCUGAUACUCGAACGAUCCGUGACGCGGACAUUAUUAUCACCACCCCUGAGAAGUGGGACGGUAUUUCCCGAUCCUGGCAAACAAGGUCUUAUGUGCGACAAGUAUCGCUUGUCAUCAUUGAUGAGAUUCACCUUCUGGGCAGUGAUCGCGGGCCUAUUCUCGAGAUCAUCGUGUCGCGAAUGAACUAUAUAGCAUCACAGGCUGAGAGUGGUUCUAUUCGUCUGGUCGGAAUGUCAACCGCUUGUGCCAACGCCACUGAUCUGGGCAACUGGUUGGGCGUCAAGCCCGGGAACAAUCAGGGCCUGUUCAAUUUCCGUCACAGCGUCCGACCUGUCCCAUUGGAGAUCUACAUUGACGGUUUCCCCGAGCAGCGCGGUUUCUGUCCGCUGAUGCAGAGCAUGAACCGACCUACCUAUCUGGCGAUCAAGAACCACAGUCCCGAGAAGCCGGUCAUUGUCUUCGUGGCAUCCAGAAGACAGACCCGUCUGACUGCCAAGGAUCUCAUUAAUUUCUGUGGCAUGGAGGAAGAUCCGCGGCGAUUCUUGCAUUUCGACUCGGAAGAUGACCUACAAGCUACAUUAUCUGUUGUCAAAGACGCGGCGCUCAAGGAAGCCCUCUCGUUCGGUAUCGGACUUCAUCACGCCGGUCUCGUCGAAUCUGAUCGUACGCUAUCCGAACAACUCUUCGCCGCAAAUAAGAUUCAGAUCCUGGUCGCUACCUCCACAUUAGCAUGGGGUAUCAAUUUGCCCGCCCACCUCGUCGUGGUCAAGGGGACCCAAUUCUUCGACGCCAAGAUCGAAGGGUACAAGGACAUGGACCUUACGGAUGUGUUGCAGAUGCUCGGUCGCGCUGGCAGACCUCAAUUCGACACUUCGGGUAUUGCUCGCAUUUUCACCCAAGACGCCAAAAAGGCUUUCUACAAACACUUCCUGCACACGGGUUUCCCUGUCGAAAGCUCUCUGCACAAAGUUCUCGACAACCAUUUGGGCGCUGAGGUGUCCGCGGGUGUCAUCACAACAAAGCAAGAUGCGCUCGACUAUUUGACAUGGACGUUCUUUUUCCGCCGUCUGCAUAAGAAUCCCACGUACUACGGUCUUGAGAUCUCUGCGGAAGAGCACAGAGAAAGCCAAUUGACUGCCAGACAACUUGCUGCAGAUUACAUGGUGACUUUGGUCGACAAGUCGCUGGACGAUCUCGCCGAGAGCGAUUGUGUGGCUGUACACAAUAAUGGCGACGUCGAUAGUACCCCGUUCGGCAAGAUCAUGAGUUACUACUACCUCAGUCAUCUUACCAUUCGGAAGUUCUUGUCCAAGGCACGCAAAACGCGCGAUACUACGUUUGCUGAUGCCUUAGCGUGGAUCAGCCAAGCUACUGAAUUCGAUGAGCUUCCUGUCCGACAUAACGAGGAUUUGAUCAACGCGGAACUCGUUAAAAAUCUGCCCCUCGGCACGGAAGGACUGCUGGAUAAUAUGCCCCUGUGGGAUCCACAUGUCAAAGCGUUCCUGCUGAUUCAAGCGUUCAUGUCCCGCAUCGAGUUGCCUAUCAGUGAUUAUGUUGGUGACCAGAUCUCUGUUCUUGACCAGGGUAUUCGUAUCAUCCAGGCUGGAAUUGAUGUCAUGACCGAGCUGAAUCGAUUGGACGCCGUGGUCCAGAUGGUGCGAUUGUUGCAGUGUAUCAAGAGCGCGCGCUGGCCCGAGGAUUAUCCGCUUAGUAUCCUACCUGGUGUGCACGAGGUGUUUGAUCCGAAGCUUGAGGGUAAGGUGCCGGGUGAUCUUGUCACCACUGCCGUGCUGGCAAGUCGGCAUGGCCACAAGACUGUUGAUGGGUUGAUGAAUGUCUUGGGGAUCCGGGCGCAGGGUGUGCGUGCGCAAUUCGCAAAAGCGGUUGGCGCGCUGCCUGAUAUUACGGUCAAUGCGAAUGGUGAUGCCGGCGGUGUGCUGCAGGUGCAACUGAAGAGACGUAACCGGUUGAGUGAUCCGGAGGCACGGAUCUAUGCGCCUAAGUUCCCGAAGCCGCAGAGUGAAGGGUACUUUGUGGUCGUGUUACCUGCUGGAUCGAAGGGUAGGGCACUUGUCGGUAUUGAUAUCCUCGCGCUCAAGAGGGCUGGUUGGGCGAUGUCGGGCAGGCAGGGUCAGAAGAGUAGGGCGAUGGAGACCAGUCAUGUCAAGAUCAAGAUGCCUAUCCUGGAGGGCAUGAGUGGUGGGCAGGUCAAGGUUGACAUCUUGGUGAUGAGUGAUGCAUACCCAGGCAUGGAGUGGUGGUCGGAAGGUGUGGUCGUGCCUGUGCCUGUUGCGAAGGUGGAGGAAGUGCAGACUGUGCAGGUCGAUAUUGAUGAGAGCCUGCAAAAGAAGAAAGGAGGUGCGAGUUGA